UUGCACCAGGCAAAUAGCUCCUUGCUGUCUGCUGUAUGCGAUGGGGACGAAUCAUUAACGAGGUUCAGUGACGACUUGGUGUCUGUGGACUACUACCUUCACAGACAGAAUGACCUUUUGCCAGAAUUAGGCUUGCUGGCAUCUCAUACUAGUGAGCACAUAAUAGCAUUGGCAUCUAGCUUCUCAGAGCUUCGUGUUAGCGAGGAGUGCUUGGGAAAGAAUUUGAUGUUAGAUGUCAAUGGAAUUCUGGACAAUGCAUUCCCACUCAGCAUGCCGACGUCGUCACUGCCAACUCCAGGAAAGGACAACACCACAGCCCAUGAUGUCUACUCUGCUAGAGAUUCCAGCCAAAGACCUGCCUGGGUAUUGGUCAAAGAUUUUACUGCUGCAUGCAAGUGGUUGGCAAAGCAUUUCUUUAACCCUUAUCCUUCACCUUCUGUCAAGAAGGAGCUUGCCGGGCUCUCCGACAUUUCUGCUAAAUCAAUGGACGAUUGGUUUACAGUUGCCCGGCGAAAAAUCGGAUGGACUGCAUUUUCGAAGCGCUACUUUCAAAGCAAUCGUUCGCUAGCCUUGGACUGUGCACAUCGUGUGUUCGUCGAGGGAUCCAAGCACCACUCGUAUUGCCAAGAGAUCGUGCACGAUUUGGAGAAAAUCAAAGUCAUGGCCGAACAUUUUUAUGUUACUGCAAAUCGCAAUACUCAUGAGCCGAGCUAUUUUGCAAAGGAACUGGAUAACAUCAGUACUCAAACGGUGGAGUUGGCCAGUAGGCCUGUUUAUCGAAGACUUUCAACAUCUUCGACGAGCAGCUCACAAGUAUCCGUGUCACAACCCUCGUCAAUUUACCCUUUGUCGCGCAAACGCUUGCGAAACAACAAUGAGUCCAAUGAGGCGUUCAACUCUGGAGGUUUAUGCUUAUCCAGACCAUGCAAGCGAAGCAGGAGCAUGAGCUCUCCAUCAAGAGAGUCUUCAUUGACGUCUUGUUCGUCAGAAUCAAACGUGACACUCCACGAACUCAUCACGCCUGUGUCCUCGCCUAAUCACCCGAAUUUGCCUCUGGAAUUAUUUGAUGGUUGGAUGGACAGUGUUUCUGCAGAGUCUACCUUCCUACCACACGACGUUGCCGAUAAGCCGCCAUCGGUUCUGUCACACAAGCGAGCCCUAUCAGACUCAGAAGAGGAAGGGCCGACUAAGCGCAUACGACUAGAGAAAAACAACGAACCGCCUUUUGCAAGCCAUGGCCUACCUACUGUGUCUAUUGUUAAAUCUAUGCCAAUAGCGCCCACCAACCAGACUGGACUUUUACCACCGUGCCCAAGCCUUACACGUUGUCAGGCAUCCGUGACCCUGUCAUUGGCGGACAGUCACCCAGGCGACAAGACUGGAGCGGAGUUUGAUGAAGACACUUUGAACCUAUUCAUCUCUGAGCUUGAUUUCAGCAUUCCUGAAGCGCCUAUCUCGAUUUGGGAUGAAAGCCUGUCAAAUAGCGUCCUUGAAACAAGCCUCUUUGAUUUCUCCUCACUCGACCCAGGAAAACGAUUGAGCUCAGGGCAUUCAUAUGACCUCAAUGAGCUAUCUGCAUCCAUUCCUGUUACGAAUGCACCUUUGACUGCAUCCGAAGAUGCACUUCUGGCAGCCUGCGCUCCACAGCAGAACGUACUUUCGCUCUCCAACGCAUCCAGCGGGCUCAUCAGCGAUGCCCACAACCUCAGCAUGGCGGCACAGAGUACAAGCUGCAAUCCGAUUUCGUUUUCUGCUCUGGACCUCGAGUUUUUGGAAAGCCUCGGAAUUGCGCCGCAGCCGCAGCCGCAGGACGCGCCUUCAUCCUCUGCUCACAAUCAAGACGUGCCCACAACACUCGUCGAUGUUCCCUCGUCUUCCCAACUGGCCGACCUCGCGAUAAGCGGGCCAGAGCUCGCUAACAAGCUUGUUUCAGAGGCAUACAGGCUUCCGCAAGAAGUCUUUGGAUAAGUUCAGAUGUUCUCAAUUCAUUUUAACUCAUUUUCAUAUACAACUUAUCAAUUCACCCGCACAUUUGGACUGACCGCAUCACUGGACAUAUCUCUUCUCGCACAUUUCAUCGUUCUUCCCCUACAUCCUUGGAUGGAUAGAAUUAUUCUUUUUUAUUUUGCG